GGGUGGGUGAGGACGAGCCGGCGAGGUUAAGGAAGAUGUAAUAGGCAGAAUUGGGAGAAAAUCGUACUAGGGUGGAGGGCUAUAUGUUGCUAGCAUUGCAAGCGCACUUGCCUUCACUCCAUCCUCCGAUUUGUGAGAUAAACAAAGAUCCAAGCAAAUGUGAGCCAGCGCAAGGCUGGAACUUAACACUGCUCUACUUGAGCUUAUUAAUGUUUGCCAUUGGGGAGGGCUGCAUGCGCGAUUGCGUACCAGCCCUUGGUGAAGAUCAGUUCAGCAAUGAUGAUCCAGAAGCAUCGCAUCUCAGGAGUAACUUCUUAAGCUGGCUCAAGUCUGCAAACUCUCUUGGAGCACUUAUUGGAUUGGUAUUCCUAGUGUGGAUCGAGAAGAAUCUGGGUUGGGACAUUGGCUUUUUGUUGUGUGCCCUUAUUGUUAUUGUAGGGCUGCUCAUAGCAGCCAGUGGACUGCCUUUCUAUGGAAUGCGCAAGCUCAAUGGAAGUCCUCUAACUAGAAUAUUGCAGGUUCUUGUCACAUCAUCAAAGAAGAGGCAGGCUGCUGUUAUUCAUGUUAUUGAGCUGCAAGAGAUCAGUACAUCAGAUCAUGUAGAUGAGGACGGGGAAGACAAAUGUGACAGCAAAAAUAUUUGCACUACUCGAGUUGAUGAGAAAACAGAGGCUAUUACUCGGAUGCUUCCAAUCUUCAUCAGCUGCAUAUUCGCCUACUUGCCCUUCACAUUGCUCAUGACGUUAACCAUACAGGUUGGCAGCACGAUGGACUCAGGGAUAGGAAUGAUCCAGAUACCCUCUGCCUCUCUCAUCGCAAUCCCAACAACAUUUCACAUGCUGAUGCAACCGUGCUACAGGAGAAUCUUGAUACCACUGCUGAGGAUAUUCACAGGCCACACCAAUGGUAUCACCCCUCUGCAGCACAUCGGUGUUGCCUCUGCGUGUGGGAUAAUGGCAGCAUGCAUUGCCAUGUUGGUGGAAGCAAAGAGGUUGAUGGUCGUGGAGCAGCAAGGGCUAACAUUAGUAGCUGACGGUGUCCCAAUGUCCGUCUUCUGGCUGGUGAUGCAGUUCUUCCUGCUAAGCAUCAUGGAUAUAGCAUAUAUUGGUGGGCUGGUUCAGUUCAUAAAGAGCGAGGCACCUGAAGCAAAGCAUAUUGCACCAGCAGUGCAGUCUCUUCUGGUCGGAAUAGCAGCCUGGUCAGGAUGUGCCUUUGUCCAGCUCGUCAACAGAAUGACAAGGCUUGGAGACAAUGGAAGAGGAUGGUUAGAUGGAACAAACUUCAACAGGACACGCCUUGAUCGCUUCUUCUUGUUAUUGGCAACCUUCGAGCUGGUGGCAUUUAUCAAUUAUGCAUUCUGGGCUAGGAGAUAUGCCAACAAGAAAAGGGUCAGUACUGUUAGAUCAGACGGCGACAAUUUUGGAGCUUAAAGAUCCAAACAGUAUGCAAUAGAUAG